CGGAUUCCAAAACUGGCGCGGAUUUUGGAGUCAAUCAUUUUUUUCUUCCCUUGUUGUUCCGCUCAUCAUAAGUUUUGCAUUACAGCUUUCUCAGAUAGAUCGCCAAUCGAAUAGGACUGCAACUAUGUUCGGAUCAAAUCAAAGUGGCAAACAGAAGCGACUGACUUCCUACUUUGGUGGUGGAACGAAAGACGACAAGGCAAAAAACAGGCAGUCCUCCGGCAAGAAGCGACCGCGCCCGGUUUCCGGAACCAGCUUUCGCUCGCACAAUGGUGGUAGCGGCUUUGGGGUGUGUCCCUUAUGCCAACUAUCCUUUGCCUGGCAUAUUUUGGAGAACCAUGCUUCGGAAUGUACCGGAAUCGCUAUCAAUCACAAAAAUUCUGCURAAAGAAGCACAGCGACCGCAGUAGAAAGCAAAAGCCCUGAAGAGAAAUCGACUCCAAAACAACCAACGAAAAGUGAGGAGAGGGAUGAGAUUAUACCAUUGGAAAAUGUCAUUGAACAGAAUUCUUCCUUCACUAAAACACCAAAUGCAAAAAGAAAAAGACAAUCAUGCAUUGUUACUCCUCGAUUGGCUCCUAUAUUCCAAGCCAAAGCAGGCGAACGUGGAAACAAUCAGGCCCUGCACUCAAAACAGCACCAGCAACUCCGCCCACACUCCUACGAGCCCAUUCCUGGACUCUUUGUCUACGAAGAUUUUAUUACUGAAGAAGAAGAAGCUCUGAUCUUGAAGGCAUGCGUCAACGUUGAUAGAGAUGUCCUUCCCGCCUGGAAACAGUGUCGGUUCAAUGGAAAACACAUUGGAAAACGAUGGGGCGUGCACUGCAAUCUCCGAGAUCGAAGAGUUGAUUCUCCCGAAAAUCCCCUGCCGGAGGUCCUCUCUGAAAUUGUCUUUCCAAAACUUCGACAAUUGAAUCUUCCCGCYACCAAGAACUUUUGGCCGAACGAGGCCAAUGCCAUUGACUAUCGACGGCGACAGGGCCAUUGGCUCAAGGCCCACGUGGACGAUCGCAAACUGAGCAAGGAGGCAAUUGCCAACCUGUCGCUCCUGGGGGAUUGCUACAUGACCUUUUGCAACGUUUCCAAGCACCGUAACCUAGCCGUCUCGGAGCAGCGGGUCUUGCUCAAGCGACGCUGUCUCCAAGUACUGACGGGAAAGGCCCGGUACGACUUUUCGCACGGUAUUGCCAACUGCGAUUUGCUGACGGAUCGGCGAGUGAGUAUUACGAUGCGCGAGUCGCCCCUGACCAGAACGAGUCCAACAAUCGACAACUAGGACUAUCAUGCAGAAGAUCAAACGCCAUCGAUAGUUUAGAACAGUGCUGAUAACUCGAAAAAAUUGUUAACAAAAUU